AUGGGCGAGAACUCUCAAUAUACUCACUCCUGGUCUUACCCGUACGAUCAAAACCAACAGUACUUAGCUCCCCCAGGAACUACACCCGCGACGACGCAGACGGAUUACUCAACAUUUUAUUCUUCACAAGCACCUUCUACUGUACCAUACUCACAGUAUCCAACAUACUAUACUUCCUACCCUUCACAACCUCCCGCCCCCGGUGCUUCCACAACCACAUCUUCAGUUGCCGCAUUUCCACCCGGAACGAAUCCAGUUGGGAGUCAGACAAGCGCUGCUUUUCAGCCUAGCCCUCCAGGGUUUCCUUCGAAUGGUUCCUGGUAUUCUACGUCGGCCUCUCAGCCAGCUCAAAGUUAUUACACAACCAAUUAUUCUGCCCCGUAUGACCCAAGCAAUUAUUAUACUUCUUCGUCCUAUUCAGCUUAUUCCCAGCCUAACUCCCACACAGCUACGUACGCUAAUGUUGUAGCUCAACCCACAACUCCACCGACGCCUACACCUACCUCAAGACCUCCCCCUAGUUCUGCGACUCUUACCGCACAAUCCAAAUCUUCCGCUUUCACAGGGAUGUUAACGCAAAACACAAUUGGUGGAGGAUUUUCUGCCAAUGUGAUGAAAAAUGGCUCGGACAACGUUGUCCAGGCAACUACAUCCGGGUUUGCGAAUCUCAAUGUUGGUACAACACCGGAAACGGCUAACAGUUCAAAACCCGCGUAUGCCCCCAUAAAAUUAGGGGUUUCUAACAAAAAGACUCCUCAGAAAGAUCUUAAAAACCAACAGAGUACAGCACCGGAUCGGUGGCCGGACCCUUUGAAAGAGUACGUUGAACGCAGUUUUGCAGUGGCGCCUAACAAUAUGCAUGCUGUUGAAGAUGAAUUGAGACAAAUUAUUGCCACAAAAGUAGCUAAUAAUGAGCUCUGGACGACCGAUUGGGUAAAGAUGCCCUUACCUAGUUCAUGCUUUGACAAAGAAUCAAAGCGAAAAAAUCUAAGGAUGCCUGUUGCUUCUAUCGAUCGGAUGUCAUUGGGUAGUGAUAGUCUAGAUGAACAAGACAAAAGAGAAAAACGGCUCAGAAGAUUUCAAGCUGAUGUUCGUCUGCGCAAUCAAUCACCCGCAACGGAGGAAUUCAACCCGGACCAGAAUACGAUUGUUGGGACUUGCCAAAAUUUAGAAAAAUCAUAUUUGCGAUUAACUUCGGCACCGGACCCGUCAACCGUUAGGCCUUUGCCCGUUCUUAUGAAAACGCUUGAUUUUUUGAAGAAAAAAUGGGUAGACGAACAGAAUUACACAUAUAUAUGUGAUCAGUUUAAAUCGUUACGGCAAGACCUGACGGUUCAGCGAAUCCAAACUGAGUUUACUGUAAAGGUGUACGAGACACAUGCUCGUAUUGCAUUGGAAAAGGGUGAUCUUGGUGAGUAUAAUCAAUGUCAAACACAGUUAAAAGAGCUUUAUAAAUUGAGCAUUCCAGGACACGUGAUGGAGUUUACGGCGUACCGACUGCUAUACUUCCUGCACACUAAAAAUCGAUCAGAUAUAAUAUCAUUGAUUGCUGGAUUAACGCCGGCAAUGAAAGAGGAUUUGUCGAUCAAGCACGCAUUGGAAGUUAGGUCUGCGCUUGCAACGUCAAACUAUCAUAAAUUUUUUCGUCUCUAUUUGGAAGCACCAUAUAUGGGCGGAUAUUUGAUCGAUGCAUUCAUUGAGCGAGAGAGACUUGAAGCUUUGAGGGCGUUAACUAAAGCUUUUCGGCCUUCACUAGAGCUGGCUUAUAUAAGUAAAGAACUAGCUUUUGCAGAUGUUGAAGAUUGCACGAAAUUCCUCAUAAAACACAAAAUUGACUGUUUCGUUGAAAAUGGAGCACAUCUUAAUACAAAAUCGGCAAUUGAACCAGUAACGGAGAGCUUGAAGCGGUUUGUCAAGAUAGACAUUAAAGGACAGAUAUAA